AUGAGGACAGGUUUAAAUUUGAAGAUUCGGGAACUCAAAAAGGAGAUAUGUGAUCUAGAAGAUAAGGAGAACAGAAUGUGGUUCCAAAGAUCAAAAGUUUUAUGGGCAGCAAAUGGAGAUAAAAACUCUAAAUUCUUUCAUUGUCGAGCCACUCAAAGGAUGAGGAAAAAUUCAAUCUUAAAUAUUAGGAAUGAGGAUGGAGGUUGGAGUUCUGAUAGUGAGGCCGUAGCAGAGACCUUAACAGCCUAUUUUCAAGCUCUAUUCACCUUAGCAAAUCUGCCUCUUUGUGAAGCUGCCACUGAUUCUAUCAAUAGGGUGAUAACAGAUGAAAUGAAUGAUCAACUCUCCUUGGAGUUCCAGAAUUGGGAAGUUCAGCAAGCCAUAAAGCAAAUGGCACCUUUUAAAGCACAAGGACCAGACAGUAUGCCCCCAUUAUUUUAUCAACACUAUUGGGAUCUAAUUGGUGAGGAUGUUUCACAAUCCGUCCUUACUUUUUUGAAUUCAGCUUCUUUACCUGAACAUCUUAACCAUACAUUCAUUACUCUCAUUCCAAAGAAAAAAAAUCUGGAGCAUGCUUCUGAAUUCAGGCCUAUUAGUUUAUGUAAUGUAUUGUAUAAGAUUUUUUCAAAAGUCUUAGCAAAUAGGCUUAAAAGAAUAUUACCAAAAAUUAUCACUGAACAUCAAAGUGCUUUCACUAAAAGCCGUCUCAUAUUUGAUAAUAUUUUGGUAGCUUUUGAGUCUUUACACAGUAUGCAGAAACACAAUGGGAAGGAAGGAUUCAUGGCAAUCAAGCUUGACAUGAGCAAAGCCUAUGAUAGGGUGGAGUGGCCUUAUCUUGAAGCUGUAAUGAGAAAAAUGGGGUUCAACAACAAAUGGAUCAAACUUCUCAUGCUUUGUGUCACCACAAUCUCCUAUUCCAUUCUUGUCAAUGGAGAACCAAAAGGCUUAAUCCAUCCGUCCAGAGGCAUCAGACAGGGUGAUCCUAUCUCUCCAUUCUUGUUCCUAUUGUGCACAGAAGGAUUGCAUGGCCUAAUCAGCAAAGCAGCAUCCCAAGGUGAUAUUAGGGGUUAUUCAUUAUGUAGAAAUAGCCCUCGAUCAACUUCUGAAGAUAUAAGGGAGCACAUUAAGCUUGCUUUGGGGGUUCCAGAAAUAAAGCAAUACGAGAAAUACCUUGGUCUUCCAUCUCUAGUUGGAAGAAACAAGAAAGCCAGCUUCAAUUACAUUAAAGAAAGGUGGGGACAAAAAGGAGAUAGAAGGAAGAUCCAUUGGGUGAAAUGGGGUACUUUAUGCUUUCCAAAAUCUGAUGGUGGUAUGGGUUUCAAGGACUUAGCCCUUUUUAAUGAUGCACUUCUUGCCAAGCAAGCUUGGAGACUCUUGCACCAUAAGAAUUCCCUCUUCUACCGAGUGUUCAAGUCCAAAUGCUUCGGGAUUGUUCAAUUAUGGAAGCUACUGAUUCAGCCUCAGCCUCAUAUGCCUGGCAUACUGCCACCCCUUGAUCAUCCACGAAUCCUAUCACCGCAGGUUAAAGGAUUUGAAGAUUUGAAGGUUUUUGAUCUCAUAGACCCAGAAUUCAAGAGCUGGGAUGAAAAUCUGUUACAUGGUCUAUUUAUUCCCGAGGAGGUGAGUUUGAUAAAGAGCAUCCCAUUAUGCAUCACCUCAGUUGAAGAUAAACUUGUGUGGCCCUUCACUGCUUCGGGUGAGUACACAGUAAAGUUUGGGUACAACUUCCUAGCAAAGUUGAACUUGAAUACUCAGGCUUCAGGACAAUUGGUGCAAGACAAUGGAAUUUGGAAGCUGGUUUGGGGUCUUCGGAUCCCAAAUAAAGUAAAGAAUUUCAUUUGGAGAUCAUGUAGGGACACUAUCCCCGUGAAGAAUAACCUGAAGAAGAGACAGAUCCUCCAAGAUGAUAGUUGCGAUCAUUAUCAUCAGGUGUCUAAAAUGGUUCUCCAUGCAAUAUGGGAAUGCCCGACCCUUACACCGAUCUGGGAUUCCAUUCAGGAACUCUCUUUUCGCAAGAACCGUUCAUUUCGGGACACACAGGAGCUGUUACUCUUUGCCAACGAAGAGGAAAAAUUCCUGGAAAUGAUGGUGGUAACAAUGUGGACUAUCUGGUCUUGUAGAAACCAGAUUAGAGUGCAGCAGAACGUUUACCCCAUAGACCAGGUCGUUCCAAAUGCUCGGCAAGUCCCCUCUGUUUUCCAUCGUGCAAAUAGAGUCCAACAAGUUCCAACCACGGUAUCUAGCACAAAUCGGGUUACCUGGAUCCCACCACCAGCAAACUCACUCAAGAUCAACUUUGAUGGGGCACUUUUCAGAGAUAUUAAUAAAGUCGGUUUGGGUGUUGUUAUCCGUAAUGACCAUGGACAGGUACUUGCAUCCUUAUCGGAACAGAUCCAGUUGCCUUUUUCCUCCGACCUGGUUGAAGCAAUGGCAGCAGCACGGGCCAUCUCAUUUGCUCAUGAACUCAGUCUCUCCAAUUACAUAUUGGAAGGUGACUCUGAAGUGGUGAUAAAAGCUCUCAAAAGUAAUGAUGACUCCCUAUCUUCUUUUGGCCACAUUCUUGCUUCGGCCAAAACCUUAACAGACGUCAAUUGUAUUACUUUUUCCCAUACUUGA